AUGACUCGCGCUGUACUGCGGCGCUUCUCCCGACUACUUCCUCAUGCUGUCUCAACUAGUGGUCCGUAUGCUGGGGCCGCGUCGUCGAUCGUACGAGGCCAUCAGACUCAACAAGAACCGGUGGGAGUUAGUGCAGUACUCCGACGACACUUUGCCAGCAAGCGGGACACUACUGGUCGCUCUUCGGAUCUCCCAUCGAUCGCACAAGAGCUCUUGUCGGUCGAUGUACUGCAGCAGCGCGAGUUCUUGACGUUGCGCUGGCGCGAUGGCAAGCAAAGCAGUUUCCAUCUACUGCACCUCCGGACGUGGUGUCAGUGUCCCGACUGCGGCCACCCGUCGGGACAGCGGGUGGUCAAUGGCGCCGACAUUGACCAAGACGAACUGGACAUUGAGACGGUUUGUGUGAAGGACGGGACGCUCGACAUUGUGUGGAGCGACCGUCACAAGUCCAGCUUCUCGCCCACGUGGCUGCUUGAAAACAGCUACUCGGACUGGGCACUGGACGCGCGCGCCCGUAAGAUGGCGACGACGGCUUUGCCCCUCGAUGCUCCUGUGCCUUCGACGGCAUUUUCCCGUAUGAUGGACACGAACGAUGACGAGGGGCUGUACGAGGCACUUCGUCAGGUCAUUGAGAACGGUUUCACAGUCAUCCGCAAGACGCCGUCGGUGCCGGGAAUCGUCAAGUCGAUCGCAGAGCGCAUUGCUCCCAUCUCGCACUCGUUCCAGUAUGGUGAUGUGUUUGACGUGGUGGCCGAGUCGACACCAGUCAACAUUGCGUACACUAGUGUUCACCUGAAGAACCACAUGGACUUGGCCUACUACGAGUCGCCUCCUGGAUUCCAGUUGUUGCACGCACUGCGCUUUGACGAAUCCGUGAGAGGAGGCGAGUCGACGUUUGUCGAUGUGUUUGCGGCGGCAGAAGCUUUCCGUCGCCGUCAUCCAAAGCACUUUGCAACAUUGUGCCGUGUCCCUGCGACGUUCAUGAAGCGUCACUUGACCCGCGAGAAGGCAACGAUGUUAGAGUACCAGCGGCCGCACAUCCAGGUGAACCACCGCGACGAAGUUGUGGCCGUGCACUGGAGUCCUCCGUUUGAAGGACCAUUGCGAGUAGCUUUCCACGAGGUCAUGCCCUACUAUGACGCCUACCGCCUCUUCCACGAGCUCGUUGAAGGUCGUGAGCAUUGCUACGAAUUCAAACUGAAUGAAGGGGACACUGUCAUCUUCAAUCAGCGCAGAGUUCUACAUGGACGCCGGCAGUUCACGCCGUGUUCGGAUGGCGUGCGCCACCUCCAGGGCACGUACCUCAAUAUCGAUGACGCGAUCAGCCGCUACAACGUGUUGCGCACACGCUUUGGCCACAACGACCCGACCGCUGCUAAUCGUCGUGUGGCUAAUGGUAAUUUCUCCUAG